AUGGUUACUAUCGGAAUUAACGGAUUUGGACGUAUUGGACGUUUAGUCUUGAGAAUCGCCUUAUCUAGAAAGGACAUUACAGUUGUUGCUGUCAACGAUCCAUUUAUUGGAGCUGACUAUGCUGCAUACAUGUUCAAGUAUGAUUCUACCCACGGUCAAUACGAGGGUGAAGUUACCCACAAGGAUGGUGACUUAGUCAUUGACGGUAAGGUUAUCAAGGUUUACCAGGAAAGAGACCCAGUUAACAUUCCAUGGGGUAAAGACGGUGUUGAUUUCGUUAUCGAAUCUACCGGUAUUUUCACCAAGUUGGAAGGUGCACAAAAGCACAUUGACGCUGGUGCCAAGAAGGUUAUCAUUACCGCCCCAUCUGCCGAUGCUCCAAUGUUCGUUGUUGGUGUCAACGAAGACAAAUACACCCCAGACUUAAACAUCAUCUCUAAUGCAUCAUGUACCACCAAUUGUUUGGCCCCAUUGGCCAAGGUUAUCAACGAUGCCUUUGGAAUUGAGGAAGGUUUAAUGACCACCGUUCACUCCAUCACUGCCACCCAAAAGACUGUUGAUGGUCCAUCCCACAAAGACUGGAGAGGUGGUAGAACCGCUUCCGGUAACAUCAUCCCAUCAUCCACUGGUGCUGCCAAGGCUGUUGGUAAGGUUAUUCCAGAAUUAAACGGUAAGCUUACUGGUAUGUCUCUUAGAGUUCCAACUGUCGAUGUUUCCGUUGUUGACUUGACUGUCAAAUUGAAGACCCCAGCCACUUACGCCGAAAUCGCUGCUGUUGUCAAGAAGGCCUCUGAAGGUAAGUUAAAGGGUGUCUUAGGCUACACCGAAGAUGCCGUUGUAUCCUCCGAUUUCUUAACAUCCCAAUACUCAUCAGUAUUUGAUUCCAAGGCCGGUAUCUUGUUAUCUCCACAAUUCGUUAAGUUAAUUGCUUGGUACGAUAACGAAUACGGUUACUCCACCAGAGUUGUUGACUUAUUAGAGCACGUUGCCAACUUAUAA